CCAGAGUACCUGCCUGCCACCACCUACCUGUGGAGGAGAGACUGUAAAGAUGGAGGCCAAAGGUAAUAGCAAUCUUGUAAAAGGGCAAGCAACUUUUAUGUUGGAGCUGUACCGUGCUGCAUUGUCCGAGGGUGGUAAGGGCAGUAUGGGCAAUGAGAGCAACAAGCCACUGAACAUAGCAGUCUCACCCGUGAGCAUUGCUCUCGCGCUGGCGGUUGUCUCUGGUGGGGCAGCCGGGAACACGUUGACGGAAAUACUUAACGUUCUCCGGCUUCCGGCAGAUCUGGCCAUUGCGCAUUCUUCCUUGACAUCUCUGCGUCGGAAUCUGCUUGGAGGGCCCACCUCUGCCUCCACCUCAGAUUCAGUUGCAGCCGACGUUCGCCGGCUUCCAGCAGAUCUGGCCGUUGCGCGUUCUUCCUUGACAUCUCUGCGCAGGAAAUUCAAUCGGCUUGAAGGGCACACCUCUGCCUCCACCUCAGAUUCAGCUGCAGCCGUGAAAGUUCAGAUUGCGACCGGACUUUGGGUGACUGAUCAGCUGCCGUUGAAAAAGGAGUAUGAGGAUCACGUUGCCAUGUACGAGGGUCGUGUGGUCCCUGCAGAUUUUGUCGGGGCAGCAUCACAAGUGCGUGAAGAAAUCAACCGGUGGGUGAGAAAUCAGACAUCAGGAAAGAUACAGGAGAUCGUCCCUCAAGGCCUGCUGAACGAAGCCUCUGUCUUUGUGCUUGUUAACACACUCUACUUCAAGGGAUUGUGGCAGAAAGUCUUCCGUAAAGAGUGUACUCACCCUGGGAACUUCAUGAUACCGGCCAAAGGUGGUGGCUUGGAGACUGUGUCAGUUCCAAUGAUGCGGAAUAAAGGGAGCUACAGCGUCGGAAACCACAACGGUUUUCGGAUUCUGCGAUUGCCUUAUCGGGUUGGGGGAGCGGAGGACCGGCGUCAACUGGCUAUGUACAUUUUCCUCCCAGAUGAGGUGGAUGGGCUUGCAAAGAUGGAGGGAUCGUUGACUGCCGAAUUGCUCGAGGAGUCCUUCGGAAACAUGUAUGACAGCCACCUUACCACACUUUUGCUCCCAAAAUUCAAAGUCGCAUCAGGCCUGAAACUCAACCAGUUGCUGAAGGAUAUUGGCAUGAAGAGCGCAUUCGAUCUGGAAAUUUCGGAUUUCUCAAACCUAUUCGAUUGUCAAGAUCGCGGAAUUUGCAUCUCUGAUGUCCUGCAUGAUGUGUGCGUUGAGGUAGAUGAACACGGCACAGUUGCAGUAGCAGCAACCGUUGUGGUAAUGCUGGCCGGCUGUUCGAGGACGCCCCCCCCCCCCAACGAGUUCAUUGUGGACCAUCCUUUCCUUUUCAUGAUACGAGAGGACAGAUCCGGUGUCGCUCUGUUUCUUGGUCGGGUUGUAGAUCCUCGGCCUUCCGAUUAGUUGUGAAUGUUAGAGUGUUUUUGCACUCGUCAAUGGGAUGUGGGUGGGUGCAAUACCACAUGAGGUCG